GCUGAGGACCAGCUUGACGGGAAACUUCCCGCAGCAGAGACAAACUAGGAGACGACGCACGGAGAUCAGCUGUCCAGCAGGAUCCAGAUGACCAUUUGCUUUUGAGGCUUCCUCAAUCAAAUCGCGGCAACACGCCACAGCCUGCAUUGAUUCCCAAGUUUAACUACAAAGGAACAAGGAACACUGAUCUCAGCCUUCUGCUUGAAACUGAUUUGUAUUAGACAAUGUGCAGUUGAGUGUAUAUGAUGAUUUUGUUUCCUAGCUGAUUACAACCUUUUGCCACCCUAAAAUCUGAUUAAAACAGAAAUCUGUGGACUUUAAUUAGUGGAUAUUUCAGUGUAUCUGCAUGCACAUUUUAAAUGUAGGGUAAUAUCUAGACAUAAAAGGCAAAUAUAUAAGCCCUAGCACAACAUUUUGUUUCGUUCUGUUAGAGAACUACGAAAGUGCUCGAUCAUGGCUGCCACCCUGGCAGCGGCGGACAUCAUCGUUGUAGUUAUCUACUUCGCCCUGGUGCUUGCGAUCGGUUUCUUUGCCAUGUGGAAAGCCAAUAAGAGCACAGUGAGUGGUUACUUCCUCGCUGGGCGCUCCAUGAAUUGGGCGGCUGUAGGAGCAUCUCUAUUCGUCAGCAACAUAGGAAGCGAGCAUUUCAUUGGACUAGCUGGAUCAGGUGCUGCUAGCGGGUUGAGCGUGGCUGCAUGGGAAUUAAACGCUCUAUUAUUGCUCCAGUUAUUAGGCUGGAUAUUUAUCCCCGUGUAUAUUCAGUCCGGAGUCUACACCAUGCCAGAGUACCUGUCCAAACGGUUUGGCGGGAACCGACUAAAAGUGUAUUUUGCAGCGUUAUCUCUCAUCCUCUACAUCUUCACCAAGUUGUCCGUGGAUCUCUACGCCGGAGCCUUGUUCAUUCAGGAAUCCUUGGGGUGGAACCUCUAUCUGUCAAUCAUCCUCCUCAUCACCAUGACAGCUUUGCUGACAGUGACUGGGGGUCUGGCUGCUGUCAUCUACACGGAUACGGUCCAGGCAUUCCUCAUGAUCGCUGGAGCACUCUGCCUCAUGGGCAUCAGCCUCUUCAAAGUGGGAGGACUUGAAGGGGUGAGGACCAAGUACAUGCAGGCUGCUCCAAACAUCACUGCCAUCUUGCUGUCUUCAUCCAACCUGACAUAUUCUGAAUCCUGCCACCUCCACCUAAACCCAAAGCCAGAUGCUUUGAAGAUACUUCGAGGACCAAGGGAUCCAGACCUGCCUUGGCCUGGUUUCUUACUGGGCCAGACCCCAGCCUCUAUUUGGUACUGGUGUGCAGAUCAAGUGAUUGUACAGCGGGUUCUGGCAGCGAAGAACAUUGCCCAUGCCAAAGGCUCUACUAUCAUGGCUGGCUUUCUGAAAAUCCUCCCCAUGUUCAUCAUUGUCAUCCCAGGGAUGAUUUCCAGGAUCUUUUUUGCUGAUCAGUUGGCGUGUAUCAGCCCAGAGCACUGCAUGGAAGUGUGCCGUUCUGCGAGCGGCUGCAGCAACGUGGCUUACCCACGGCUCGUCAUGUUUGUGAUGCCCGUUGGUCUCCGCGGCCUCAUGAUGGCUGUCAUGAUCGCAGCUCUGAUGAGCGACUUGGACUCCAUCUUCAACUCUGCAAGCACCAUAUUCACAUUGGAUAUUUACAAGAUGCUACGAAAGCAGGUGUCAUCCAGGGAGCUGGUGAUAGUCGGCAGGUUUUUUGUGGUUUUCAUGGUAGUCGUCAGCAUUGCCUGGGUGCCGGUCAUCAUCGAGAUGCAAGGAGGCCAGAUGUUCUAUUACAUCCAGGAAGUAACAGAUUACCUGACUCCACCAAUAGCGGCCCUCUUCUUGCUUGCCAUACUGUGGCGUCGCUGCAAUGAGAAAGGUGCCUUCUGGGGUGGACUGGUAGGGUUCGCCCUUGGAGCACUGCGUCUGAUUUUGGCAUUGGUUUACCGCGAGCCUCCCUGCGAUCAGCCUGACGAGCGGCCAUCUUUCAUCAAAGAUAUUCAUUUCAUGUAUGUGGCAGCCAUCUUGUUUUGGGUGUCCGCCUCUGUGGUUGUAGUGGUGAGUCUCUGCACUCCUCCGCCCAGAAAAGAACAAAUCCUAACCACUACCCUGUGGGGGUUAAACAGGAGACGGAGACAAAAACAGCGAGAAAAAGAGGAAGCUGGAGAAGAAGUCACUGCUUUGAAGCCUCUAAACCAAGGAAACCUAAAUGGAAACAGUUUGCUCACUAAAGAGAAGUGUCAAGACCAUCCAGACGAGCUUAAUGGCAUUGAGGCAAGUCAUGAAAAUGCUCAACCAAGCAAUGGUCAUACUAUCACAGCCAGUGAAAAAGAAACACACCAUCCAAUCCAGAAUGGUUGCCACUUACAUAUUUCUGACCCUAAAAUGGUAGAAGAGGGAGGAGGGAGAGGAGUAAGGGUUGGAGAGGAGGAAAAGGAAGGCUGCCUUGGAGGAGGACGAGUAGAGGGUGGGAGGUGUUUGAAGGCUUUAGAGCGUUUCUGUGGCUUCCAGGAGAAGCCGUCCGAAGCUCCGGUCAUUACAGUCCAGGAGCAGGAGAAGAUCGUGGAUGAGCUUCUCCAUGAACCUCCACUGACCAGAAUCAUUCUGAACACAGGACUAGUGGUGAUUUGCUCGGUCGGGAUCUUUCUCUUUAUCUAUUUCUCUGUCUAAGCUUCUUUAAUUCCAAGCAGUGGGACACGUUUGUCCAUAAACUACAAGUGGGAAUGGUCUACAGGGAAGCUAUCCUUCAGCUUUCUCUUAACUUUGAAUUAGAAAAGGGCAUGGUAAACUGGAAAACUGCCAAUUUUUCUAAUGAAAACAUUUUGUCAAAUUGUAAUUUACAUGUAAAAGGCCUCCUGGAUAAACAGUAAGGGCUUCUUUCCUUCCUUGUUUCCCUGCAAAAAUUGGAUUUGGAACCUCACGUAGGUUUGUAAAAUGCUCUGGAUUAGGCUGAGAACAAAUAAGUACUUUAUGGUAUAUUAUGAAAUAUAUUUGCUACACCUCCAAUGUGCAGAGGCUCCGUCCUCGCCGGGGCGGCCGUGGGUUCGGUUCGGACCUGCGGCCGUUUGCUGCACGUCGUUCCCCCUCUGGUUGAUGAUUCAGAUUAACGGAGGCAGCCGCCUCAGAUCAGACACCAGAAACAGCACUUAGUUUGAAGCACACUAUUUUAGGAGACACCUGUUGUGAACAUAGUCUUUAACUACUGUCUCAUUAGCUCCACUGAAUGAAUUAAAGUAUUCCUCUUUUUACGGGGGACAACCGCAAACCCACACAAAACUACAGUGGUCAAAAAAAAAACGCAUUUAGGACAUACAGUAAGUGCAAAUAUUUUGUGGCAGUAUAGCACCAAAAAACUAUGUUACACAAUAAAAUUUGAGAACCCCAACGUCCACAUCUGCAUGCACUUUAUCAACAUAAAUAUUCACAUCAUCUCAACCAUGACAUACAAAAACAUAUGAUUAUAUAUUUAUAAUAUAUCAUUAUGUUGCAAAGGUUGGUCAUUGUCUACACAUAACACUGUAAAGCCUUGUUAUUGUACACAUUGCACAUAAUACAUAUGUGUAUUGCUCAACAAAGUGUUAUAUGUAUAUACUGUAUAUAGCCAUAGUUAUUUUUUACGCCUGUUAUAGAACUCGGAGGGUGUCUUCCACUCAAAUGGCUUACAUUUCUUAUUAACACAAUUGUGAUAUUAUGGUGUUAUUUUAUUAAUUUGCAAGAACUGACGCCCAAUUUCAGAUGCGAAGAAGGGGGUUUGCCCCUUCCUCCUCUUCUGGUGAAUAUCAUUGUGUAAAUGUAAUUCUUUUACUUCACUCCAUGAAGUUUAGAACAUAAUCCAUUCAAGAUAAACUGAGUUCAAAUAACUUGAGUGGUAUUUGUCAUUGUGACUAAUGUGAAAAUUAUUAAUGUUUCCUUGGCUGCAAAGUGCAUUGUGGGAUUUCUUUGCUACAUGAGGUCAUGACAUUAAAAGAAUGCUCUUGCUAACUGAUUCUUGCAUGAUAGGAUUUCUUCCCUUAACUUCAUAGCACCAAACAAAUAAAAGCAGUACUCCACACCAUGCGUUAGUCUCAGGUGCUCUAACCUGUUUUAAACUGUGGAUCUAACCCAUAGAUCUAACCAAACUGGUCCUUCUGCUCCUUUAAAAGGCCUCCAGCAGAAUGUGUACAUGAGUGCUAUUGAAUGUUAACAGUUUCCAGUACAUGGUAUGCCUUACAGGCUUCCUCUGAACUGAUCUGCUUGACAGGGAAUUA